UCUUUUUGAAGCUAUGACCCUGCUCUGCUAUCUCCUCUGUCCUUCACCUUCUCUCCAAUAGUUACCGACCCCAUUAAUGGCAGCAACGCCACUUCAAACAUCAAAAUAAAUGCCUUUCUCAGUCACCAGAGUAUCACAUUUUCAACUACCUCACUUUUCCCAUUUCAACAUACGUUCACUAUUCAUUGAAGCCGCAAUUUGUGCUCUUCCAUUGUUACACUUACCAAGAUCCUGUUUCCCCUGUUCUGCUCUGUUACCUUCUGCAUUCAACCACCUAUCAAUAAAUGAGUUCUUCUUUGUUUCUUCCGACAGGUGCAGGUGCAGGUGCUCCAUGGUUUAAAGUUAAAGUUUUUACCAACACAAAUCCGUGAACAAUGUCUAAAUUUCCUCUUUUUCUUUGUUGGUUCUCUUCAAAGUAAGAGUUGUUGAGGCUGAAACCGUUGACAGGUUUUGACAAAAAGAGUGUGUGAAUGUGAUUUCGGUUGGAGUAUCUGGGGCUGUAAUUGUCACUGUCUCGGUUGAGUUUGUCUAUGAUAUCUUCAAAUUUCUGCGAGAACGUUAUGGUUUUUAGGGUCUCUGGCAUUGCAACUGUGGUCGCAUGGGCUGUGUUUGUCUGUGAUUUCUUUUAAUUUCAAGAACUGUGUGGCGAAACUGUAACAGCAAGUGCAAUUUAGAAUCUUCGUUGUUCAACAGAAAUUUCUUCAGGGUGGUCUACUUUUGACUUCUUUGAGGUUUGAAGGAUCUGUUUUGGGUCUUUGGGCAUUCAUCAAAUCUGAUGCGUUAUGUUCCAAGGUGGUACAAUGAGACAGUUUUGCUACCUUUAUCUUGUUGUUCUUUCAUGGUUCUUUUUCAUCCCAAACACUUAUGGGUUACAAGUUGCUCAGACACAAGCAUUAUUGCAGCUAAGAGUUCAUCUAGAGUAUCCCUCUUCUUUACAGAUAUGGGAAUAUUACCAGGGGGACCUUUGUACGCUCUCUCCGUCUGCAAACCUGAGCAUUAAAUGUGAAGAUGAUGAGGUAACUGAGCUUAAAAUUACGGGUGAGAAAUCUUUGAAGCCACCACGGUUCAAUGGAUAUGCAGUUCCUAAUCACACUCUAUCCAUGAAUUUCUCCAUUGAUUCCUUUUUCAUCACUUUGACAGAGUUGACCACCUUAAGGGUUCUUAGCUUGGUGUCCUUGGGGAUUUGGGGGCCACUUCCUGAUAAGAUUCACAGUUUCACUUUGCUUCAAGUUUUGGACUUGAGUUCCAAUUUCUUAUUUGGAGCCAUUCCACCAAAAAUAUCCACAAUGGUAACGCUUCACACACUGACCCUUGAUGACAAUUAUUUUAACACCACUAUGCCCGAUUCCUUUGAUUCUCUGUCCAAUCUGAAUAUCUUGAGUAUGAAGAGCAAUGGCUUAAAGGGUUCAUUCCCCUCCUCACUGGGAAAAAUCAAGACACUUGAAGUUAUUUCCUUGUCCCACAAUGAGUUGUCUGGUGACCUGCCUGGUCUCAGUUCUCUCACUGGCCUACAUGUUCUGGAUUUGAGAGAAAACCAUUUAGAAUCUGAACUACCAUUGUUGCCAAAAUCUGUGGUCACUGUGCUGCUUAGCAAUAACUCAUUUUCAGGAGAGAUACCUAAGCAGUUUCAAGAACUGGAUCAGCUUCAACAUCUUGAUCUUUCUUCAAAUUUUCUCAGUAAGACACCCCCAUCUGCCUUGUUUUCUCUGCCAGAAAUAAGUUAUUUGAAUCUGGCAAGCAAUGUGCUAAGUGGGACCUUCCCAGACAAACUUAACUGUGGUAGCAAACUUGGGUUUGUGGAUAUUUCUCGUAACAAGUUAAGUGGUGGACUUCCUUCUUGCUUGGCGAAUACAUCUGACAGUAGAGUUGUUAGAUAUGCUGGAAACUGUCUAUCUGUUGACUCUCAGAACCAGCACAGAGGGUCUUAUUGCAAAGAAUCCACCUCUGGAUGGAAAAGCUUCAAGACAUGGGAAGUAGCUGUAGUAAUGGCCAUCAUUGUUGUACUUGUUCUUGUGCUUUUGGUUUCUAGCGUCUUCUUAUGGAGAAAGUACCAUUCCAGAAAGACAACUGGGCAACAUAACUCCUCAAUAGCAGUUCCGUCAGAGAUCCUUGCAAAUGCCAGAUUUAUUUCUCAAACAGUGAAGCUAGGGACACAAACUAUUCCAACCUGUCGGCAAUUUUCAAUAGAGGAGUUGAAGGAAGCCACAAAAAACUUUGAUUUGUCGACAUAUAUUGGUCAAGGCUCCAUGGGGAAGAUGUACAAAGGUAAACUGGAGAAUGGAUCCUAUGUGGCAAUACGGUCUUUGGCUCUGUCAAAGAAAUGCUCAAUUCAAACUCUCAGAGCUAAAUUGGAUUUACUCUCAAAACUUCAUCAUCCAAAUUUGGUUAGCCUUUUGGGUCAUUGUAUUGAUGGUGGAGGACAAGAUGAUUUCAAUUCCCAUAAACUUCAUCUUGUGUAUGAGUAUGUGCCAAAUGGGAAUUAUCAUGCCCAUCUCUCAGAAUUUUCUGUAGGGAAGGCACUUAAGUGGUCUGAUAGAUUGGCAAUUUUGAUUGGAGUUGCAAAGGCAGUGCAUUUCUUACAUACUGGUGUUAUACCUGGCUGCUUUAGUAACCUACUGAAGACAAAAAAUGUCUUGCUUGAUGAAUACCGUUUUCCGAAACUAAGUGACUAUGGUAUGUCCAUCAUCAUAGAAGAAAUUGAAAAGUUUGAGGUAUGUUCCUGGCAAUCCAAUGUUGCAUUUUUACCAUUGUUUGACAUAAUUAUGAUUGAUCCUCAAUUCACUUGUUGCCUCUUUUGUGUUGUACAGGCAAAGGGCGAGAAAUCAAAGCCAUGCCUAAGGACAAAAGCAGAUGAUGAUGUUUAUAAUUUUGGAUUCAUCCUGUUCGAAUCACUUGUUGGACCCAUAGCAUGCGACAGAGGUGAAACAUUUUUCCUAAAUGAAAAGGCAUCGUUUGGGAGUCAAGAUGGUAGAAGAAAGAUUGUGGAUCCUAUAGUGUUGACCACUUGCUCUCAAGAGUCUUUAUCAAUUGCAAUAUCAAUAACAACCAAAUGCAUUUCUCCAGAAUCUUCAUUUCGUCCCUCUUUUGAGGAUGUCUUAUGGAACUUACAGUAUGCAGCUCAAGUCCAAGCCACAGCAGAUUCAGACCACAAAUCAGACUAAUUCUACAUCACAUCAUUUUUUUAGGUCAAAGUGUGUAGUAGAGGAGACUCAACUACACCUUCAACUUCUUCAACUUCUCAAAAUCUAAAUUUUUUAUUGACUUUUUUUUAUACUGUCCUCGGCUGAACAUUAAUCAUACAUUAAUGUUGAUACUCUAAAACAGUAUUUCAUUAGUGUAUUUUGAAAGUACAGCAGAGAAACAGUAAAAAAAAUUCAAUAGAAAAUCUAAAUUCUUCUUUCUUUAACAAUGUUGCUGAAGAAAUCAAUGAUCUAUAAGUAAACAACACAAUGCAAAUAUAAAGAUAUAAUUGUAAACAUGCUCACCCCAUUUCUUUUUUGUGUUUCUUGUAGAGUUUUUAUAGGACUUAAUCAGAAUUCAUGAACCUUUUAAAAAAGAGUGGAUUAGCCCUAUGGAGCAAAUCGUGAACUUGAUUAAUGUUGAUAGGAUGAAUGUUCUUAGAAGAUAUUUGGUGGAAAUUGUAGUUUGUAACCAUGGAUUAUGGAAGGUAAAGUUCAAAGUGUUACGAUUGACAUAGUA